AUUUCUCAUACUCCAAAAAUUUCUCAUACUCCAAAAAUUUCUCACACUCCAAAAAGUUCUCAUACUCCAAGGAGACCCGGUAGAAUUCGGGAAGCUUCUCCAACCUUAUCUGAGAAAACUGAUCCUGAUUCUGAAAAAAGUUCAUCUAUUAUAUCUCCAAUAGAGGAUAAUGACCAUCAUGGAUCUAUCGAACUAGCAAUAAAAUCAAUAGAAGAACAAAUAAAAUUACAACAACAAAAAUUUGCUAAAAGAUUAUUAUCUCAACAACACAGACCAGUAGAAUAUAGAGACGAUAUUUCUGCAAAUGCUACGGUUUCUUCCGAACAAGGUUCUAAUGGUAAGUCAAGAAGUGAACCUGCUCCAUACUCAUAUGGUAAGAGUGAACCUAUUCCAUACUCAUAUGGUAAAGGAUCAGGGAGAGCACCAUCGAUGGGUUCUAAAACUCUUGCCGGAAAGAAAGUUGCACCAAAACCAGUUGCACAAAUUAAAAAUAUUUGUACUUGCGGCGAUCCUAAUAGUCCUUGGUGUCAUGUUUGUGAACUAAGAAGAUUUAAAUCUGCUUUUCCAAAAUGGACUAGUGGUAAUAAAAUAGUUGACAAUUUUAUCAGAGAGACUCAAUUAAAUUGUUCAUCCGAAGUGAAUUAUCUCGAAUGGAUAUCAUUCGAUCGAUUUAGAGAGGUUAAAGAAAUUGGUUCUGGUGCUUAUGCAAAGUUGUUUUCGGCUAUAUGGCUGGAUGGUCCUCGAAUUAUACCUGAUGAAAAAAAGAAAUUUAAAAGAGAUGUUCGUAAAAGAGUCAUUCUAAGACAAUUACACAAUUCUCAAAACAUAUCUGAGUCUUUCUUUAGCGAGCUAGAAAAAUACUAUCGUUCAAUCAUAUGGACUGAUAGUGUUAUGCAUUGUUAUGGCAUGUCCAAGGAUCCUGUCACUAAAAAUUUUAUUAUGGUUUUUGAAAAUGUUGAAAAUGGAAAUUUACAUACCUAUUUAAAUGAAAAUAUUAUAAAUAUGUCAUGGCAAUCUAAAUUGGCUAUAACAUGUGAUCUUGUAAAGGCCUUAAAAACAAUCCAUCAUGUAGAUAUAAUUCAUCAUGAUAUUCAUUGUGGUAACGUUAUGGUAUUAAAGAAUGGAUUUAUUGCACUUGCUGAUCUAGGAUUAUGUCGUAAAGUAGAUGAUCCUGAUGAUGAUGGUAAACAAUGUUGGGAUAAAGAUCCUUUAAAAAGGCCAGACGCAAAUAUUUUGCAUAGAACUCUUUGUGAUUGGUUAAAAAAAAUUGUUGAUACUCCGCGGCUUCCAUAUAAAGUUAAUACCGAGUUUGCUCUUGCUGAAAACUGGCGUUCUCAUAAAGUUCAUUCUCAUACAUCUCAGGAAAAUGAACAAAUACAUCCAUUAGCAUUUUAUACUAGUCAAAGUUUUGAUUUUAGUGAACUACAGUCUUCACAAUUAGUAAGAUGUAGUUCUCCCGAUGUAAUUAAUACAAUCGAAGUCAAUGUAAAGUAUGAUACACAAGAUGUUGAUGAAAUUGAUACUAAGUACGAUACACCAAAUGGAGUUGACGUUAAGGAUGAUACACCAGAUGAUGUUGAUAUUAAAUGUAAUACUCCACCUUCAGAAACUGAGAAUACAUUUGAACCACCACGAUCACCAACCGAAAGUAAUAGUAAGACUUCAGAAAUUGAUAUUAAAUAUGAUGGCACUACAUCUCCUUCUGGUGAAAGCGCUACUAGUUUUAAAGCGGACCAAUCUGAACAUUUAGAUAUUGAAUUUUGA